AUGUACGUACAAAUGGAACGUAUUAUAAUUUUUAACUUCAAAUCAUUCCGAGGAAAAGUAGUUAUUGGCCCUAUUAAACCAUUCACAGGAAUUAUUGGUGCCAAUGGAUCAGGAAAAUCAAAUGUAAUGGAUGCAAUUAGCUUUGUAAUGGGUGAAAAAGCUACAAGAUUACGUGUAGUCAUAGCAGAGUAUUACAUGUCUGAAUUGGGAAAGCUUAAUCUUAAUAUAAAGGCUAAAAAUUUUUUAAUAUUUCAAGGAGCUAUUGAUUCAACAGUAAUGAAAACACCAAAAGAAUAUACUCAUAUGUUUGAAGAAAUUAGUAACUCAAUUGAACUAAAAGAACCAUAUGAAAGGUUGAAAAACGAAAUUUUUGAAGCACAAAAUGAAACUCAAUAUUUGUAUAAAAGUAAAAAAGAUCUUCUUCUAAAGAAAAGAGAUGCUUUAUCAGAAAAAAAAGAAGCAGAUAAAUAUACAGAGAUUUACAAUCAACAUAAUACAGAACAAGAGCUUGUAAAAGUGGAAAAUGAUUUAAAAAAGAAAGAAACAAAGUUUACACAAAUUGUAGAAAAAGCUUUAUAUUGGGAGCAAAAGAUCAAUUCCACGAAUUUAUUGUUGUUGGAAGCACGCAAAUCACAUAAUUCACAUAUAAAAACGAUAAAAGAAUUAGAAAGUGAAUUAAUACAAGUAGAAAAUAUAAGAACUGUAUUCGAAGAAAAUGCGACAACCCAGAUAUUAUCUCAGGGCAGCAGCAUUGCACUUAAUGAUACACAAGAUAGUAUAUGGAGAGAUAAUGUAGAAGAGUAUUUUCAUUUGAAAGAAAUAGUUGGAAUCCAGUCCUACGAGAACGUACAAGCUUGUAAUUCCCUCAAACGUGAACAAAGUGUAAAUCAAAAUAAACUCGAUAACGAAAAUAGGAAAAAAUUUGAAUUCGAAGCUAAAUUACAACAGAAGAAUAUUUUAAAAGAUGAAACAGAAAAAUGUUUCAGAAAGAUUCAACAAUGCAUAAAUGAAAUCGAAGGUACAUUAACCGAUAAAAUAAACACAAAGAGUAAUUUAGAAAAUCUAAUUGCUAAACAAAGAGAAGAUACGAAAACUGUCCAACAAGAAUUGCAAAAUGUGUGCGAGCAGCUUGACAACGCAAAAAUAAAUAAAUUUACAGCCUUACGUUUCACUAAAGAAACAGAAACGUUGAAUACUUUGCAAGGCCUUUUUUCUGGCGUGUAUGGUCGUUUAUACACUUUAUGCAAGCCCGUUCAUUCUCGAUAUCAAGUUGCUAUGACUAAAGUUUUUGGAAAAUAUUGCAAUUCCAUCAUUGUAUCUACGAGCAGAGUAGCAGUCCAAUGUAUCCAUUAUUUAAAGGAGCAACAAAUAGGAAUUGAAACAUUUUUACCAUUGGAAGGUUUGAAAACAAAACCAUUAAAGGAAGAACUACGCGGAAUUACAAAAUUACAAGAUGUAAAACUUUUAUACGAUGUACUUCAAUUUGCACCUACAGAAAUUCAUAAUGCCAUUGUAUUUGUGUGCAAAGAUACUCUUAUUUGUGAAACUGCGGAAGAUGCAAGAAUUUUUGCAUACGAGCUCGAUCCCCAUUACAGAUAUAAUUGCAUUGCGUUAGACGGAACUUAUUACAGAAAGGAUGGUAUAAUUUCUGGAGGACAAGCUGAAUUAUUACAGAAAGCUAAAAUAUGGGACAAUCAAAAUUUAAUCGACUUAAAGUCGAGAAAGAUAACGCUAAGGGAAAAAUUAAACGAAAAGCUUACAAUUUCUCAAACUGAAUCUGAAAUAAAUACAUUGGAUAUACAAAUCCAUGCUCUCACAAACAGAUUAAAUUAUUGUAGGCUUGAUCUAAGCGAUUCUGCAAGUAAAAGCAAAAUAGUUACUCUCCACAAUGAAAUACAAAUUAUUCAAAAGGAAUUAACAUUAGUACAGAAUAAUGUAACAGCAAUUAAUGAAAUUAUGGAAGAGAAAAAUCAAGAUAUUCGAAGCGUAGAAGAAUCUAUUAUAAAUAUUCAACAAAAUUGUAUUUUUUCGUAUUCCACGUUUAGUAAUGGUAUACUUUUCGACAGAUUACAUCAGGAACAAACAAUCAAAACUCUAGAGUUAGAAGAGCAAUAUUCUCGUAUUAAAAAUUUAUUGGAUUUCGAAAUGAGUCGAGAUACAGAAAGUUCAGUUUUUAAGAUGGAAAAAAAUAUAAAAACAGCUAAGGAUGAAUUAGAAAAAGUACGUCAAAAAGAAGUUUUGUAUAAAAAUGAUACUGAGUAUGUGUUAAACAAGUUGAACAAUUUAAAGACUGUGUAUAAUGAAGCCAAAAUUAACGUGACUAAACAAACAGAAGAUAUCAAUGAAUGUAGAUGUAAAAUUGGUGUUAUCGCAAAAUCAAUAAUAAAUGCUCAAAAAGAAUUCGUAAUAAUUACAGCAAGAAUUGAAAAGAAGAAAACAAAAUGUUGUGAUAUCCUGAGAAGUAUGAAGAUGGAAAAUAUUAUUAUUCCACUACUAACUAAUGAUGUCAUAAAUAUUCAUGAAGAUGUACAAACAUCUAGUACAUAUUAUACAAGUACAAACACUGAAGAACUGCAUGAUAUAGAAAUUCUUUCUCGCAUAGAUUUUAGUAUGUUAUCUGAAGACAUUAAAAUUAGAGUAGAGGAAGAGAUAGAAAAUUCAAGAAGUAAACUCGCCAAUGAACAUCUUAAAUUUGUAAUAGAGAAUCUAAACAAAGUAAGUUUUGAAUACCAAGAAGCACAUAAGAAAGUACGUACAAUUAAGAAACAAUUUGAAAUAGUGAAACAAGAAAGAUAUAAUAGAUUUGUAUCUUGCUUAGAGCACAUUACUGAAGAAUUAGAUACCAUUUAUAAGUGUUUAGUAAGAGAUGAUUCAGCCCAUGCUAUUCUUUUACCAGAGAACCAUGAAGAACCAUAUUUAGGUGGUCUAAAUUAUAGUUGUAUAAUGCCAGGAAAACGAUUUCAAUUGUUCUUAAAUCUUUCUGGAGGAGAGAAAACACUUGCUGCUCUUGCUUUCUUAUUUUCUAUUCAUAGUUUUAGACCAGCACCAUUUUUUGUAUUGGAUGAAAUUGAUGCAGCUUUAGAUACUAUAAAUUUGAGAAAUGUUGUACAUUUUGUACUUUCUAAGAAAAGAGAGAUGCAAUUUAUUAUAAUAUCUUUAAAACAAGAGCUGUGUUCACAUGCUGAUGCUCUUAUUGGAAUUUGCUGUGAUUUUAGUAAUAAAAAAUCACAGGCAAAAAUUUGA